AUGUUUGAAAAGAUUGAUUCAGAUAAAAGUGGAACGAUCGAUCGGCUUGAAUUAUUCACUGUCAUGAAAGAACUCACUGAUGGAAAGAUCACAGAAAAUGAUGUCGAUCAAAUGAUGAAAGAUGCCGAUAUGGAUGGAGAUGGUAGAAUUGACUUUGAGGAGACACAACCCCAAAAAACGUUGACAUUUCAACAAAAACAAAAAAUGUCACAAGAACAAAAGAGAAGAGAGCUACAACAGAAAGAGCAACGAGCCUCAAGUGAAGAAAUUCAAACACUGAAAACUCUUUUUGAUAAAUUCGAUUCCAAUCACGAUGGAAGAUUGGAUAAGAAUGAAUUGAAAGAUUUGAUGAAAAGUAUGGAUGAAAUUAUGAGUAAUGAAGACAUUGAGGAAAUGAUCAAACAAGCCGAUUGGGAUGAAGAUGGACUCAUCAAUUUUGAAGAAUUUAAAUAUCAAAUGUUGGAUUAG